GAGAAGACGUCACAUACACAUUUCUACAUAUACACGAUAUCAAAAUGGUUAAGAAAAGAGUUCGCGAUCCGGAAGAACUUCCUGAUGCGCCUGUUCACAGUGCAGGAGAGGACAAUGAUAAUGAUAGUGGAAGUGAUGGCGAGGAUAUCCUCAACGUCGAUUUCGAAUGGUUCAAUUUCCGGGAGAUCGAUUUCCACGGCGUCAAAAGCUUGAUUCGCCAAUUGUUCGAUGUGGAUAGUCAGCUGUUGGAUCUGAGCGGGUUGGCAGACGAGGUCGUCAAACAGGAUACCAUUGGGAGCACGGUGAAGGUGGAUGGGGAGGGCACGGAUGCGUAUGCGUUUAUGACGGUGUUGAAUGUGCAUCGGGGGAAUCGGGAGGGGGGAGAGGUGAGCGAGGCGGUUCGCGGGCUGAGGGCUUAUUUGGUUGGUCAGAUGGUGGAGGGGGGGAAGAUUCAGCAGGUUGUGGGCGGAGGCGGCAAGCUGGGCGGGGAUGUCGGCGUCGUGUUGGCGGAGAGACUGAUUAAUGUUCCGUCCGAGGUGGCGCCGCCGAUGUAUGGCAUGUUGGUGGAUGAGAUUGAGGCGGCGGUCGAGGACAAGGAACCGUAUGAGUUUGCGUAUUAUCUGGUUGUGUCGAGGGGGUAUCGAGAGGUGGAGUCGAGGUUGGAUCGGGAGGAGCAGGGCCCGAAAAGCAAGAAGAGUAAGGGGAAGGGAAAGUCGAGUGGAGAGGUGUUUUACUUUCAUCCCGAGGAUGAGGUGUUGAAGAGGUUUAGCUGCGCGUACGAGGAGUUUGAGUAUAAGAAGGAUGAGGGCGAGGGUAUGGCGGAUAGUAAGAGGGCGUUUCAGGAAAUGGGCAUUAGAGCGGUGGGAGAAUUGAUCUUGAUUGAGAAGGCGAAGUGGGAGGAAUGCGUUAAAGCGUUGGGGGAGUAUCUGGGUGCGCCUAAUUAAGAGGUGUUGAAAGAAAUGAACGAAGUGGAAGAAAGAAAUAAAAUUCAAUAUUAAUAUCA